AUGAGCUACAAGCGUACCAAAGCACGAGUGGUGCUAUAUGCUACAAAGUCCGAAAAUGAAGCCACGCUCAUUCUCGAAGUUGAGCCCACAGCCAUUGGUGACGCGUUCCUCGGGUAUUGUACGGACACGGAAAACAGACCAAGCUUCCUAAACUCCCAGGUGUCCAGAUUGGUGGCUCCGGAAUUUAUCAUUCAAUUGGGAGAGAUUCCAGGGCUGACCCUUAGCUUUGAUAGGGAAGGGCUCUCCAAAACAGAGACUGGAAUUGUGUUCCAUACUGCCCCCAGGCUGGGCUAUGUCUAUGCGGCCCAGAGUGCCUCCUCCACUCAGUUCUUUGUGACCUUGAAAAAUAUUGAAAAGUACGCCAAGGAACUUUCGUUUAGCGAAAACUACGCGUAUAUAGGCAAAGUUAUCAAGGGGUUUACGAAACUCGUCGAAUGGCUACCCCAGAUUCCCGUGGACGAUGAGCAUAAGCCGUUGGAGGAUAUCCACAUUGUUGACUGUUGUGUGGUGCCUGAGAUAAGUAGCAGUACACGAGGUGUGAGAAGUGCAAGAGAUGUGAGAGACUCCAGACACCAGGAUUCACGCUCCAACAAGUCUCAUCGCUCGAGGUCUAAAUCCCCCGGGCAUGGAAACUAG